GCCCCGCGGCCCCCGAGGCAGCCUCUGGCUGUCUCUGCGGCGGCGACGGCCUGGGCAGAUAGUGCGCCGUGCGCAGGCGCGGAGCUUAGACCUCGCUGCAGCCCCCGUCGCCUCGGGGAGUCGCACCCACGGAGUCCGCCUGCUGGCGCGUCAGUGCUCUCCCGCUCGUCCACCCUCCCCGGUCCCCCCAGCGCCCUACGCGCCCGGAUGGCGGAGCUGCGGCCUAGCGGCGCCCCCGGCCCCGCCGCGCCCCCGGCCCCUGGCCCUAGUGCGCCCCCGGCCUUCGCCUCGCUCUUCCCCCCGGGACUGCACGCCAUCUACGGAGAGUGCCGUCGCCUUUACCCUGACCAGCCGAACCCGCUCCAGGUUACCGCUAUCGUCAAGUACUGGUUGGGCGGCCCAGACCCCCUGGACUAUGUUAGCAUGUACAGGAACGUGGGGAGCCCUUCUGCCAAUAUCCCUGAACACUGGCACUACAUCAGCUUCGGCCUGAGUGAUCUCUAUGGUGACAGCAGAGUCCACGAAUUUACAGGAACAGACGGGCCUAGUGGUUUUGGCUUUGAAUUGACAUUUCGUCUGAAGAGAGAAACAGGGGAGUCUGCCCCCCCAACAUGGCCAGCAGAGCUAAUGCAGGGCUUGGCCAGAUACGUGUUCCAGUCAGAGAACACCUUCUGCAGCGGGGACCACGUGUCUUGGCACAGCCCUUUGGAUAACAGCGAGUCGAGGAUUCAGCACAUGCUGCUGACCGAGGACCCACAGAUGCAACCUGUGCAGACACCCUUUGGGGUAGUUACGUUCCUCCAGAUUGUUGGUGUCUGCACCGAGGAGCUCCACGCAGCCCAGCAGUGGAACGGGCAGGGCAUCUUGGAGCUGCUGCGGACGGUGCCCGUCGCUGGCGGCCCCUGGCUGAUAACUGACAUGCGGAGGGGAGAGACCAUAUUUGAGAUCGAUCCACACCUGCAACAGGAGAGAGUUGACAAAGGCAUCGAGACAGAUGGCUCUAACCUGAGCGGUGUCAGCGCCAAGUGUGCCUGGGAUGACCUGAGCCGGCCCCCUGAGGACGACGAGGACAGCCGGAGCAUCUGUAUCGGCACGCAGCCACGGCGGCUCUCUGGCAAGGACACGGAGCAGAUCCGGGAGACCCUGAGGAGAGGACUUGAGAUCAACAGCAAACCUGUCCUUCCGCCAAUCAACCCUCAACGGCAGAAUGGCUUCACCCACGACAGGGCCCCGAGCCGCAAAGACAGCCUGGAAAGUGACAGCUCCACGGCCAUCGUUCCCCACGAGCUGAUCCGCACACGACAGCUUGAGAGUGUGCAUCUGAAAUUCAACCAGGAGUCAGGGGCUCUCAUUCCCCUCUGCCUAAGGGGCAGGCUCCUGCACGGACGGCACUUUACAUAUAAAAGUAUCACAGGUGACAUGGCCAUCACAUUCGUUUCCACGGGAGUGGAAGGCGCCUUUGCCACUGAGGAGCACCCUUACGCAGCCCAUGGACCCUGGUUACAAAUUCUGUUGACUGAAGAGUUUGUAGAGAAAAUGCUGGAGGACUUGGAAGAUUUGACUUCUCCAGAGGAAUUCAAACUUCCCAAAGAGUACAGCUGGCCUGAGAAGAAGCUGAAAGUCUCCAUUCUGCCCGACGUGGUGUUCGACAGCCCACUGCACUAGCCUGGGCUGGGCCCUGCAGGGGCCAAGGGCGAGCCCAGCAGCUCCCCGGUGACUUCGCUGUAAUAGCUGCGCAAACGCGGUUCCCACAGAUAAAAGGACAUGUGUGAGGAGGACUGCGCAGCCCCCCCCACCUCACCUGCAGCUCAGGGGCCUCACCCCCCCAGCCGGCCAAGCCUCCCUGGGCUGGGAGUGGGCAAACGCAAACCUUCCCCUCCUGCUGCUGCCACAGGUUGUUGUGGUUUGAUUUGACUCUGGACCUUGAAUGUGCCCUUCGGUGGAGACAGGCCUCGUUCUCACCUCUCCCCUGCCACGCAGGCCAGCAGGAGGAAGUGGAGUGGCCGCUGCGUGCAGGGCCCAGCUCUCCUGUGGGAAGCCUGUGCUAGGCCUGGUCCUCUGGCCCCAGAACAAUUCCUCUGAUCGUGUUUGGUUUUCUUCCUCCUUAUUUUAUUUUGUCGAAACCGGAUGGUAUUUUAUUAGUCUUCAGAGAUGUCCAGAAGCCGUGUAUAUAAUGUUUUUUAAACAGAACUUUAUUCCCAGAUGUACUUUCUCAUUUUCUCAGACGAGGGCCUGGGCUGGUCUCCCCCUGAGCCACCACCAGAGAAGGUGCCAGGGUUCCAUUCACCUGCCAGCCCAGGGCCCAAGAGAGCCAGCUUCACAGAAAGGUGGAUUUCUUCCCAGCCAGGCCUGGUGGAGCCUGGGGCAGGGGAGAGCCAAGCUGCGCCCUCAUGCCGCCUUCAGCCUGGUUUAGCCAACUGGGGCCAGGAGGAGGUACCACUGGUUCUCAGGCGGACUCAGCCCCUGGCAAAGUUCAAGGACCACCAGGGUCCCAGAGACUUGGCAGCCCAGCCUCAUCUUCCAGGCCUUGUCCACCCAACCAGGCCUGCCUGAGAGAGGGUGAGGACCAUCUCCACCUGCCACUCAGGGCCUAGGUCUCCAGCUCUUUGACCACUUCUGUUCCAUUUCCUCCUCCCCUGGGCCUCCCAGCCUCCAGCCUACAGAACUCUGGCAUAUUAAAAAUGGAAAAAUCAACCUCUCACCAUGUCCCUCACUUUAAUUUUGCAAGCACUGCACUCUGCCACCCUCAGCCUCCCAGCGUCCAUUCGUUUCUUGUCUUUCAUUCCCCAUUCUCCACGUCAUUCCCCAUACCUCUUUUUCUGCAUCCUGGUCUCUCCCAGUCUCUUGCCCCACUACUGCAGAUCUCGUGGUUUUCCUCCCAGAAAUAGACCUAUCUCUGGCCCAUGGGUUUGGGGUUCCUCUGGGGUUGUCUACCACUUCUGACCUGGAAUCAACAAGCCCCCUUUGUGCCCUCUCACCCUUGACUCUAGGGACUGCUGUUUCAAGAUCUCCUUUUAGGCCUUUCCAAAGCCAAGUCCUUUGGGCUGUCAGGGCCUUCCUGACUGCACACACGGGCACCACAGCAGUGCCACAGGUGGCCCAUGGGGUGAAGGACCACCUUGAUGAGAGGGUCAUGAGGGCAGAGACUGGGCACUCCAGGGAGCAAGAUUUGGACUUCCAAGGGGCCACGAGGCUCUGGCCGCUUCUCCACACAAACCCUCAGGGUUGCCCAGUUCACACCAUCAAACUCAGAGCUUCCAGGUGGAUCAUACUGGGAGAGCAAGGCUCUGGGCCUCACCAACCAAGAUCGAAGCUCCUCUGGACCUGGUGUCGGUAGCAGCUGUGCCUUUUGCUCCAAGGACUUUUCCAAAAGGACAUGUGGCCGCCACCCACCACAGCCUCUCCCUGCCCUGGCAGCGCUUGUCAGCUAGUGCGUCAUGGCCCGAGAGGGGCCGUCAACUUGUCUCCCUUCUGCACCACCCUGGCCCACCUCGCCACAGAUCCUUUCUUUCUGGGGACCUGCCUCUGCCUGCCUGGUUUGGCUGAUGGGGAGGAGGGUACCUUCUGAGCUAAGCUUAGUCAUCAUUAUGGGAAACCGGCGGAAGGCAGGUGAGCUCUGAGACUGUGAGCCCAUGAAGCCUGUGGCCCCUUCCUGCCCUGUGAUGUCAGGAACCUCCUAGGUCUGGCUGGGGCCAGGCCUCCCUCUCCUUUCCCUAUGGUGCAUUGGCUCUGGACGAGUCACAGAGUACCCACCAUCUCUGACCAUGCCUUCCAGAGGUUUCUCUGGGAGGGGGCUCUCCACCGAGCUUCUGGCUGGUGAGGGGGGACCCUCACUGAGGACCAAGUGAGGCCAACCCCAUAGUGUUCCUGGCACAGCACUUGGCACACAGUGGGUACUCACUAAAUGUACCACUUCCCUCCCUGCAGUGCUAUGGGAGCCCUGACAUAGUGAGCUGGGGAGGUACAUCUCCCUCCUAAAUCUGCCUCUUCCUCGUGGCUUCUCUUUGGCUUGCCCAGUCCUGUCCCCUCCCUCUAGGUCCCUGUGGCUCAGGCUCUGGGAGGAAGGGGCUCCCCCCGUGCAUACACAUGGCAGACUCUCGGACUCCUCAGGUCCAGUGUGGGCUGUAGGAAGACUGCAGACCCAGCUGUCAUUCUGAGGGGCAGAGCGGCUUGUGCAAGGUCUCAGGUCUGGCCAGGGAACUGGUGCCUCUUCCUGCCUUUCUCUUCCUCUUGCAAAGGCAAGGCUUCAGGCAGGGACUCAGAAGCCUUGGGGAAAGUCUAAAGGGCUAGAGCAUUUUUAAAAAUGUACACAGGGUCUUGGGACUGGGUUUUGAGAUUGAGAUGAGAGCAGGGAAAGAAACCCCAAAGGUUGGUGCCCCUAUGGGGCAGACCAGUAGAGAACUCCCUUGACUGUAUUUUUUUAUGCAGUGUCUUUCCUCUCUGGCUUCUGGGUCCCCCACACCAGGUGGGGUGCGUGGGUCCCUGUUACAAGUUGGGAGCCCUGUAGAGAGAGCUCUCCUUUUGUACAAGUAACUGAAUGCUGCAAUGAGCAGUCUUUUAUAAAAUUUUAUAUUAGUUUCUAACGUCAGCAGCAACUCGGUUCCUAGGGGUUGCAGCCAGCCUGGGACUUUUGUAAGAAUUUUUGGGUGACUCACUUAGAUGUCGUUUCCUUCUUGCUCCCUCUUCCUCUGUGUAAUCUAAGUGCAUUAAACAUAUUUGCAGAAGUGCCUGGA